AACAGACUCAAAUAAAGAUGUUCAAGAUCUAGAGUACCUUUGUAUAAAUUUGUGGUACCUACCUAGUUCUUUUUAAAAUAAAUAAUAAAAUAAAUUGUUAAAUAUAUUUUUUACAAUAAAAAUAUUUUCUCAUUCAUACAUACUGACAAAGUUCAUUGUAUAAAUUUUGGGGUCAAUAUAUUUUGGAGUUAGAAAUGGCAGAUGAAGAAAUCAAUGGAGACACUGAUGAAAUUCAACCCGAUAAAACCCAAAAGAAAACUGCAAAACAUGAUAGUGGAGUUGCAGACCUAGAAAAAGUUACAGACUAUGCUGAAGAGAAAGAAAUAUCAUCACAAGAUAUUUCUGGGGCAUUAUCAUUAAUUGGUGACAGAAGAAACAAAGAAACAGCAGAGAGGUUAGAAAAAGAGAAGGAAUUGCAAAAAGUUUCAGUUAAAAAAGAUGAUAUAGAGCUAAUUGUUAAAGAAAUGGAAAUCUCACGGACACUGGCAGAGCGCACAUUAAGAGAACACAGUGGUGACUUGGUUGCUGCAUUAACAUAUCUUACCAAUUGAUGUAUAUAUAAUAGACUAUUUGUUUACUUAAA